CUUCAGGGCAGGGGGUGCAGUUUGAGGCCAGUCGCCUGGACACUUUUCCAUUAAGAGCUUGAAAAGAAAAUCCUCUUCCCUGGCUUCUCGUCUGCCCCCUCCCAGCCCCAGCACUGGGGCACGCGGGCAGGGGGAGAGACCAGCUAAGGGCAUUUCGGCUCUCAUUCGAUCUCUGCCAGCCUGGGCAGGUGCCUCGCUGGGUGGAUUUGUUGCCUGCAGCCACAGCCCUUGGACUCAAGAGACUUUAGGGCCAGACGGGGCCAAUCGUGAUCAUCUUGGCUGACCUCCUACACAUGGCAGGCCACAGAACCUCACCCCCAUACUCCUGUGAUAGGCCCAGAGCCUCUGGCUGAGUCACUGACAUCCUCAAAUCAUGGUUUAAAGACUUCACAUGACAGAGACUCCACCAUUCACACAAGUUCAAACCAGCGAGUGACCUGGGCCCCAGGCGAAUCACCCACCACCCAGGGUCUCUGCUAAUCUGAGCUGGGGGAAAUUCCUUCCCCGCCCUAAAUCUAGGGAUCAGUUACUGGCCGCAGGCAGGAUGGCAGCGCUGUGGAGGUCGUACCAGCGGCUCAUGGCCCAGCACCCCUGGAAAGUGCAGAUCCUCACAGCUGGGUCCCUGGUGGGAGUCGGAGACGUGAUCUCUCAGCAGCUGGUGGAAAGAAGGGGCCUGAGUGGGCACCGCAGUGGCAGGACGCUGAAGAUGAUGGCCAUUGGCUUCUGCUUUGUGGGCCCUGUGGUGGGAGGCUGGUACCAGCUCCUGGAUCGACUUAUCCCGGGAACCACCAAGAUGGUGGCGUUGAAGAAGAUGGCGCUGGAUCAGGGGGCGUUUGCACCUUGCUUCCUGGGCUGUUUCUUGGCCAUCGCUGGGGCACUCAACGGCCUGUCCGCCGAGGAGAACUGGGCCAAGAUCCGACGGGAUUACCCGGACGCGCUGCUCACCAACUAUUACCUCUGGCCAGCUGUGCAGAUUGCCAACUUCUACUUCAUCCCCCUAAACCACAGGCUGGCUGUCGUGCAGGUGGUGGCUGUCGUCUGGAAUUCCUACCUGUCCUGGAAGGCGAACCAGCUGUGAGGCCAUGGGGCCGGCGCCCCUCCCAUCCCCCCACCCAGCCCGUUCUCCCCCAGCCUUCCCCCCAUGCCACACCCUCCUCUGUGACUGCCAUAGUGAAUGGCCGUGGGGCCGGCCCCCCCUUCCUGUGCCCCCCACCCAGCCGCAGGGCCCCCCCAUGCCACCCCCUCCUC